AUGGAUUCCAAAGCCAGACGUCCAGACCGCUCCGUUAUCUUUUCCCUCAUUACCCUCCUUGUGGCACUCAUUUUAGGCGCACGAUGGUACUCGAUUGCGAAGCCGCAUGGUUCAGUGGCCUUGGAGGUCAGUGCCUCUGUCAUCAACCCUCUGACAGCCGACUUGAGAGAGCUACAGGGCUUGCUUGGAAAUGGAACUUUGCGAAGUGUUGAUCUUGUUCGGUUGUAUACAGACCAAAUUCAGAAACAUGACGACUAUCUGAACGCCAUGAUCAAUUUCGGACCGUUACAGAGUGUCCUCAAAGCUGCUGAGACGCUUGAUACAGAGCGAUCUGAGGGGAGAACAAGAGGCCCUUUACAUGGCAUCCCAAUUGUGAUCAAAGACAACAUUGACACACACCCCGACCUUGGCUUUCGGACCACUGCAGGGAGCUAUGCGCUCGCAGAUUCCUGGCCGCAAAGAAAUGCCCACAUAGUCGACCUGCUGAUCGCAGCCGGAGUCAUAAUUAUUGGCAAGACGAAUUUGAGCAAUUGGUGUAGGGGCCAGAAUAUAACAAGCGGCUACUCUGCUGUUGGCGGCCAAGUCCAGUCCGCGUAUGUCCGUGGCGGCGUCGAUCCAAACGACGGCAGCAACGGUCAUAGCGCAAGUCUCCCUAAUCCGUCUGGAUCCUCUGCUGGCUCAGCUGUCGCGGUUUCGGUGGGCUACAGCCCUUUCGCCAUCGGCACCGAGACCGACGGCUCGCUCGUCCUACCAGCAGGCAGAGCCGCACUGUAUACAAUCAAGCCGACAAUCGGCCUGGUCCCGCAAGCAGGAAUCGUCCCUAUCUCACCAAACUUCGACACAGCUGGCCCUAUGGCUAAGACUCCCUAUGACCUGGCGGUGCUCCUGGAUGCAAUAGUUGACCCCGAGCGAAAGCUUCCAAGCUAUACCUCUGCCUUGACACAGAGCUGGAGUGAUAUUUCUGUUGCUACGCUAGAUCCCCAAGUCUGGAAACUCCCAGAUUCCUGGUUGCGACAAGUCGAAAACGCAACGCAGCAAAUGAACAGAGAGAUCCGACAGGCGUACGCCACAAUCGAGGCAUUGGCUAAAUCAUACGCUGGCAACGUGCCUCUGAUCAGUCACGAUGCCUUUGACCUAAACGGCAAAAACAGCGAGACUGUAGUUAUAGCUGCCGACUUUGUGAAAGCUAUUAAUGCCUAUCUCGACACUCGAGUCAAUUCCACGGUUCGGAACCUGAAGGAGCUCAUUGAAUUCAACGAACAACACGCGGAGUUGGAACUUUCUCCCUAUUCUCCGAACCAGGGGCGCCUCGUAAGAGCUUACAAACAGUCGAUCACUGCGGAAGAGUACGACGCUCACUUCAAGCACCUCCGAGAUGUGGCCAGAAAUAGGGGCAUAGACUUUAUUCUCGACACGUAUAGAGCCGACGUGAUCAUGGCACCAGCGGAUAGUCUGCUGAUCAACUAUGCAGCUUGUAGUGGGUAUCCAAUUGCCACAUUGCCACUGUCGUAUCUCGACUACAACGGCAGACCAUUUGGCCUUUCGGUAAUUGCCCGUGCCGGUCAAGACACACUGUUGAUCAAGGUUCAAAGCGCCUGGGAGGCUACGUUCGGCGCCCGGAAACCGCCUUCAGCCAUGAAUGGCACCUCGUCAAAACUCUAG